GCGCCGAGUGUGCCGUGCCAGUCGGGCGACCAUUUUUGUAAGAGAUCCUGGCAGUUCCAGCUCGCCUCACAGGACGUUUCGCGCGGACGAACGAUCGCGUCGAUGUAGCUCGCGGUGAUUUUGCGCGAGCUACACGCAGCAGGGAAGCCGAGGGAGGCAGCGUUCUCUCGCGUUCCAUCGUCCGCGUCAGCGAGCCACGUGAGAAACGCCGACGGAGGUGUGACACAACGUCGUUCCGCCAACAUGUUGUCGACGUUCCGCCGCCACCGCAAGAUCGCACCGUGCGAAGCACGUUCGGCGGAUAACAAGUGAUACUUGCUCGUGGCCGAGAGAAGUGCGGAGGAACGUGCGAACGGAGUUCCCCCGGGCUUUCCGUGCCAGCGAGCGUGAAUCGCGCGACAAACACAACAUCUGUGUCACGGUCGGCCGCGAUUCGUGUCGCGCAUCGCUGCUGCGGUUUUUACUAUGCGGGCGUUUCGCCGACGGGCUCUCACUAUCGCCGCUGCCCCGUAACACCGUGUUUAAUUGAUAAUUGACGAGGGAAGAAGUUAUCGUUUCGCUGCUCUCGGACUGUGCGAUCGGGAACAACGGGGCGCGACAAUGGCUGCGACCUUCGAUCAGUACGACAAGUCGAGCUGGUACUUUGGUGCCAUGUCGCGGCAGGACGCUUCCGACCUGUUAAUGGGUGAGAAGGAGGGCGGUGUAUUUUUGGUACGGGACAGCACUUCCAUACAUGGUGACUUUGUGCUGUGUGUGAGGGAGGACAGCAAGGUUAGCCACUAUAUCAUCAACAAGAUCCAACAGGGGGAUCAAGUCCGGUAUCGGAUAGGCGAUCAGAUGUUCCCGGACAUUCCCAGCCUUUUGGCCUUUUACAAAUUACACUACUUGGACACCACACCAUUAAUCAGGCCUGCUCUAAAGAAGACGCAGAGGGUAAUCGCAAAGUACGACUUUGAGGGCAACGAUCCAGACGAUCUACCCUUCAGGAAAGGUGAAAUACUCACUGUGGUGUCGAAGGACGAGGAGCAAUGGUGGACGGCUAGAAACAGCCUCGGGCAGAUCGGCUCGGUGCCGGUGCCGUACGUGCAGAAGUACGACGAGGACAGCCACAUGAUAAUCGAGAACAAUUCACGGCCGGAGAGCGGCGGCAGUUCGGGCUCGAACUCGGGCUCGGCCACUCAGGUGCCGCAUGCGGAGACGACGGCCGGCCAGGCGACGGCCGCGACCGUCACGCGAAGAUCGAACAUUCAGAGAACGCUACCGGCAUUCGCGAAAGUGAAACAGGCGAGGGUACCGAACGCGUACGACAAGACCGCGCUGAAGUUGGAAGUAGGUGACAUAAUAAAAGUGACAAAGACUAAUAUCAACGGCCAGUGGGAGGGCGAGCUGCACGGUAAGGUCGGCCACUUUCCGUUCACACACGUAGAAUUCGUAGACAAUGAGACCGGCGAGGACAAUCAGGAGAUUUAACAGAAGUUCUCCAAGUGCGAUGCAUCGUGCGUGUGACAAAGGGGAGAGAAUGGAGAGAGAGGAAGAGAGAAAGAGAGAGAUAGAGAGACUCCUCCUAUAUUAUCAAUUUAGGUUACUAUAAUAACAUCUAUUAUAUGUACCAUCGCGCAGACCGUGCUUACCACAUCGAGGUCCGAACAAUCCACGUUACGUUCGAUACGUCGCACGCUACAAAUGCUGAACAAACCCCAGAUUCUUGUGCAAUACGUCGAGGCAUAGGAGACGCUUAGAGAUUCACACGGUUAGUAUCCCAGCAGUGUGUUAAUAACUUAGUCAACCCCUCUCCCCCCAAUAUUCUUACGUUACACAUCGCUAAUUGCCCAAAGCACGAGCAUAAUUUUUACGAAGUUUUUUUUUAUUAGAUAUAGAUAUGUAAAGUAAAAGUUAUAUAUAUGUUAGCUCGGUCCUUAUUGCGAAUUUUAUUGAAAACCGGGAAAGAAAAAAUCAUGUCUCAGAGAUAUAGAGGAAACACCAGGCGCAAUGAGAUUUUUGUUUUAUUACCUUUUUCUCUCUUUAACGCAGUAUUUAUGUAGAAUGUACAUUCUAGCGCGGUUCCAGUUUACAAUUUUAUAACGAGUUUCAAGUUCUGCGUGUAUGCUCCCAUCCUAUACAUACACACACACAUCAUACACACACACACACAUGUAUUAAUAUAGCGCACUAGUUUAACGCUCACGCGUAGGUUUUUAUUAUUAUUAUUGUUUUAUCGAGGGAUUUAUAUCGAACGUUCCAAACCUGUAGCGGUUGAGCGCACGAAGUUCUCUACUCACGCUCGACGAGAGCAACCCACCCACGGACUUGUUGAUUUUAUGGAGGAUUAUAUUACCGAUAUAUAAUAUAAAACGUAAAUAAGUUAUACAUACAUAUAUAUAUAUACAUAUAUACAUAUAUAUAUAUAUAUAUAUAUCUCUUCGCAUUUCUCUUAUUUAUCGCAAUGCAAGGAAGGGCAUGCUUCUUGUGAAAAGAAACGUCUUGUUAAUAGGUGUACACAUGUACUCUCCUACGGGCUAUAUUAUUCCUGAGGUUGAAAACAGGUAUAUUCCGCGCUGAAUAUACGAUAAAUGUCUUCUAGUCAUACAGUGACUAUGAUAGAGAAAGCAUACUGUGCAUACUUGUCAUUGUUUCGCCGCUGUGUGUUUUACUGACGCUUCCGCGAGCUAUCCGCUUGUCGUUGAGAUAGGUACAACAGGUGGAGAACGACGACACAGAGAGAGCUGGUCCCUCCUCCCGCGAGCUAUACGCAAAGUGUGUCUCUGUUUCAUGGUACAUAUAAUAGUUGUUAGCCAUAGGUUGUGCCACAACUGGAGCAACUGAUCCGUGCUAGAAAUUUGUAUUUAUAUAGAAUGAUGGAAAGGUUAACUGUGUAUCAAAAGCCGAUCAUAGUCGUACGCAGGACGGCCGUCGCCGGUGGUCGUCGUCGGGGAGCCCGCUCUGACACGGAGCGUCGGAUAGAAUUAAUUAAUUUUCACCGGGAUGAGAGAGAAGGAUGCAAUGUCGCCUCCGGUGUGUCCGGUCGGAGAAUGUCCCUCCCCGAUGCUCGACGAUACCAGCCUGUACACUGGGGCUACAUACAAUAAAUUCUCGUACAAUAUAUUGUAGUUAUAUACUGUAAAACAUCCCGAACGAAAAGGAAGCAAGCUUGUACCACAUCGAAAUCAUGUUUUCACGUUGCAUCUUCCCAUCGUCGUAAGUCACGCGAUGUUUCUCGAAAUAUGUUCAGCCCUCUUUUUUUCGCAGAUUCGCGCAUUUGACAUUUCCAUCAUCUCGUUCGUCGUCAUCUCGGUUGCAUAAGUUCUCCGCAAUCUUCCUAGAAAAACACGCAGUAUUACGAUAUAGGCGAAAUUGCUGGUGUGGCUCCAUAUCAGUGAAAUCUCAUGUCCUCUUCGCUUUUCGAUAACUGUGUGAAAACCAAGGAUAAAAUGCAGAAUGGUCCAAUUUCGUACGUAUUCCUUUUUUUCUCACGCUCGUUUCGGUAAUCGCGAGGGUAUGGAUAAGCUGGAUCGACCGACAACAGGCAGUUCUUCGGCAGCAUUACGAGAAUCUAGCCGUGUAGUUUGUAUAAAAUGAGACGAGGUCUGUGGAAAAAUGUGCCAUUAUGUAUAUUUUAUCUUUAAUUACCGAUAUUCCAAUGACAUGGUGCUUGAAUAAAUUUUCAUCGUAAGACACUACAUGUAUAGUGAUAACAGCAUGCAAAUGUCUAAAUAUUAAUUUAUAAGCAAUUUACAUAUAUAUAUUAUAUAUAUAAAAUUGUUACACACAUAUUCAUUCAGAGAAAUUCUCCACCGUGAAUUAAAUCAUCGUCAGUCAUCAUAGCAGCGAUAUCGUGAUAUAAGUCAUACGGCUACGUCAAAACAAUUGCUUCGAUCGUCACUUCUGCGACGUGUACGCAUCGGCCGACAGAGCGACUUCGUUUUGUAUACGUUCACAGGACAUAUACGCGCGACAAAUUUGAAUACGGCAAGAUGUAAUAACGUAUAUUUUUCUAUAAGCAUACGCACACACAUACACACACAUACAAAGACACAUGUACACUUGGUUUCUCACGAAGGCGAAGAUCCGAUUUUCAUAGGUAAAACGAUAGAAUUGAUAAUCUUUUAGGUAAACAUGUAUUUGUGUUGUAAUUUAUAAUAGAACGUGGUAAUGUAACAUUCAAUUAUAGCAUUCAAUAAUAAACGAUUAUUAUGUA